UCAACAAAAAAAGAAGAGCAUGCAUGAUUAUAUGUCAACAUCCAUGACCAAGCAUAAACACUUCUCUAGCUCGAUCGGUUGCUCCCUCCAACUCGCCACCACAAUCCAAUAUAUAUAUAUGUACAAACACAUAUGAAAACUCCAAGACACCACAGUACUUCACACAUUCUCUUUCUAUCUGUGCCUCUCCAAUCAAACACCAAAUUCAUUCCUAUCAAAAUGGCACCUCUGUCAGGGCCAACAAGCAAGACUAGGAAGAGCGCUCUCCGACACGUCCUCCUCCUCUGCCUCCUCCUUCCAUGUAUCUCCCAACCACUCCCGGCUCCUUCCCCAUCUCCAACGGCGGCGGCGCCUCCGGCGGCGACGCUUCACCUCUCGCCGUUCAACGACCGCCUCGACGCGGCGUACGUCGCGCUGCAGGCGUGGAAGCACGCCAUCAUCGAGGACCCCAAGAACCUGACCGCCGACUGGUGCGGGCCCUUCGUGUGCAACUACACCGGCGUCUUCUGCACGGCGGCGCUGGACGACCCGCACAUCCUCACCGUCGCCGGCAUCGACCUCAACCACGGCCGCAUCGCCGGUUUCCUCCCGGACCACAUCGGCCUCCUCGCCGACGUCGCGCUCAUCCACCUCAACUCCAACCGCUUCCACGGCACGCUGCCGCCGUCCAUGCAGCACAUGCGCCUCCUCUACGAGCUGGACAUCAGCAACAACCUCUUCUCCGGCGGGUUCCCGUCGUUCCUCACCUCGCUGCCGUCGCUCAAGUACCUGGACCUGCGCUUCAACAAAUUCGACGGGGAGCUUCCGGACGCCGUGUUCGGGCGGCAGCUCAGCCUUGACGCCCUGUUCGCCAACAACAACCGCUUCAACGUGACCCUGUCGUCGAAGAGCCUGACCAACUCCACGGCGUCGGUCAUCGUGCUCGCCAACACCGAGCUCGCCGGCUGCCUGCCGCCGAGCAUCGGCGACAUGGCCGACACGCUGGUGGAGCUCAUCCUCCUCAACACCAGCAUCAGCUCCUGCAUCCCGCCGGAGAUCGGCAAGCUCAAGAAGCUCAGGGUGCUGGACCUCAGCCGCAACGAGCUCGCCGGGGAGCUGCCGGAGAGCGUCGGGGACAUGGAGAGCCUGGAGGUGCUCAACGUGGGGUACAACCAGCUGUCCGGCGUGGUGCCGGAGAGCAUCUGCCUGCUGCCGAAGCUCAAGAACCUGACCGUCGCCGGCAACUACUUCUGCGGCGAGCCGGUGUCAUGCCUCCACAUCCCCGUGCGCGACGACCGGAUGAACUGCAUCCCCGAGUGGCCACACCAGCGCACGCACGAGGAGUGCAUCGCCUUCGAGCACCGCCCGCCGGUGCACUGCGGCGCCGACGGCUGCAUUGUUCAUCACCCGCUGUGAAGGUGAAGCUCUAGCAUACGCAUCGCAUGCAUGCAUGGGCAUGGCCAUGCAUACAUCAUGCAUGCAUGAUCAGUCGUAGGCUGCUCUCGUAGCCGGUAGAGGCCGCGAAGCUAAAUGCAAUGCAUAUGUGGGUUCUACAAAUGGUGAUGGUGUUGCUGCAACUAAAAAAAGGGUACGUUUGCUAAAGGCAAAGUUAUUUUUUUGGAUUAUAAAUUCGCGUGAGUUUGAUUUGUGUCGUCGGUGCCAAAAACAACCGUGUAUUUGGUAGCGAGAAGGACUGCGAGUGGGUGUAUUAGGUUUUUCGCCUUUGCUCUUUUUUCUUGUAGCUUUUGUUACCUGCACAUAAAGGCAUACAUACUGCUAAUAUAAACCCUACAAGAAUGUGACAUGUAUGUAAUAUAUGCCUCAAAUAAGAAUUUAAAUAAGGGGGUCAGAAAGCCUUCAUUCUUUUU